UUUAGAUGUAACACACGAGGCAGCAUCGGCGCAUCCUGGCGUGUCUGGCUAUACGUACGAACGCGGCUGCACGUUGUUGGGGCACGAAGGAGCCAAGAGAACCGUACCGCACGCGAUUAUCCUCGGCUCAUCGUUCGCACGAGAACGCGUAGAACGCGGUGGAGUCGCACUCGGUCACCAUGGCCAAGCAUUUCGUGACGUUAUUGUGCCUGUCGGCGGCGUUGACCGCGACCCUGGCAUUGCCGACCAGCGACAAGGUUAGCGGAAGUGAGAACGACCUGAUGUCGGCCAUAUAUGCCGACUGUCUGAAGAAGGAGUCCAUCAGCUGCAUCAAGUACAAAGUAUUCACCUUCGUCGACAAGAUGCUGGCCGAUAAAGAGGAUAUUACGCUGUCCGAGGGCAUCACCGUCGUGAAGACGUCCAGCACCGAGGGCGAGGGUGCACCUAGAUCUAUCGAAUCCAGCGAUUUCGAUACGCUCUUGUUCGAUCGUCUUGGAAGGUUCCUAAGGACGCACUCCGUUAAAGUUGACCUCAAGGGCAGCGACAUUUUGGGAGCGAUUGAGUCUGCUGGACGCAGCUUCGAGGACUUGAGCGAUAACGCCGUCGAGAGCCGUGGAAAAAAGAAGAAGGCGCAGAAGAUCUUGGGACCUCUGUUGAUGGCCAUAGCCUUGAAAGCGGCCGCUUUAUUGCCGCUGGCACUUGGCGCGAUCGCCCUGAUAGCCGGUAAGGCCCUGCUCAUCGGCAAGAUUGCUCUCGUGAUCUCGGCCAUCAUCGGACUGAAGAAGCUCCUCAGCGGUCAAAAGCACGUGACCUACGAAGUGGUCUCGCAUCCGCAUCACAGCAGUAGCCACGUGGUCAGCCACGACGACGGCGGCCAUGGUGGUGGCGGUUACGGCGGUGGCGAUUACGGCGGCGGCGGUGGUUACGGCAGCAGCGGACACGGAUGGGCCAGAAGUUUGCCGCAGGAUGCCCAUGAAAUCGCUUAUCGCGCCCACCAACCCCAGGCAUAAGCUAAUCCAUACCAUAGAAAGUCUCUCCAUCUUGUUUCUCGCAUUUCUCUCUUGCAACGAUUCGAUGUUCCCUUUCGUUCCACUAGCAUCCGCUUCACUCUCUCUCGUUUCCUUCAUUAUCUCCUCCCUUUCUCUCACUUAUGACUACCGCCAUGUACAAAAAAUACCUAGUCUAUCUUGUAUUCGAAGAAAAAUUGCCAAUACCUGUCUACAGCUCCUGCGACGUCCGCCAUUUAACUGUAAAAUUUUGUUGAGCUUGAAAUCUCUCUCUCCGAACCUUUCCUAUCCUUUUGUUUUCUAUCCUUAUGUUUAUGUGUAAUCCUCUAUUUUUUGUUAUUCUCUCCCUUUUCUUCUUUCUGUUGCUUUAUUCUAUACGGUCGAUUGAUCCAGCGGCCAGUCACCAGUACCUCUGGAAAAUGCUCAUUGUUUUAUGUAUGUAUAUUUACGCGAACUCGCGCGCGUUAUUUAUUCGUUACAUCUUAUAUUAAUAUUUAUUUGAUGUUUGACUGUGUGCUUCCAUUAUGUGACACCUCCUGUUUUUCUUUUAUAAUAAAAAGACGACAAAUAGACGCCUUCGUCUUGUCCCAAUGAAA